UCGAGUCCCGGAAUCGCGCGCGCGUUCGCACGCGCGCGACGCUCCGCGGUCGGCGACGCGCGGACAUGUCGAAGCGCCAUCGCGCGAGUGGCGACGGCGCCGCGUCGCGCUCGAGCGACGACGACGACGACGACGCGGUGACGAUCGGGUACCGACGCGCGCCGACGAACGAUCGCGACGCGCUCUGCGCCGCGCACGUCGAGGCGCUGAACGCGCAGUUCGCGCGACACGUCGCGAAGAAGACGCGCGAUGCGCCGCGGGAGUUUCUCGUCCAGGCGUGUCGGGAUUACGUGACGUACGCGAACGCGAUACGGAAGGAGUUUCGAGACGCGGCGGGCGCGGGCGCGGCGGCGGACGAGGCGAAACGCGGCGAAGCGAGCGCGAGCGGGGAGGCGUACGUGUGGGGACAGGGAGACAGCGCGCAACUCGGGUUGGGUGGAGACGUGGACGAGCGACGACGACCGACGCGCGUGACGACGGGCGCGAUGGGGGAGGCGAGAGCGACGCGGAUCGCGGCGGGCGGGACGCACACGUUGGCGUUGACGAGCGACGGCGCGUGUUACAGUUGGGGGAACAACGAUAACGGUGCGCUCGGACGAGUAGUGAAUAAAGACGCAGAUCCGGACGCGGAGUACGCGCCGGGAAAGGUCGAGCUUCCUCUGGACGUCAAGGUGGUGAUGGUGAGCACCGGCGACUCGCACGGGUGCGCGUUGACGGAGAGCGGCGAGGUGUGGGCGUGGGGGCAGUUUCGAACGACGAACGGGGCGUGGGCGUUCAACCCGAACACCCUGGACGCGCAAAAGACGUCGUUUCCAUUUAAAAUAUACGCGCCAGCGUCGUCGAAGGAGCGCGCGAAGGCGAUCGUGAGCGGCGUCGACCACGUGUUGGCGCUCUCGCGCGAGGGCGGCGUGUACUCUUGGGGAUGUAGCGAGAAGGGCCGUCUCGGUAGAGUCGACGCGAGCGAGGCCGAGGACAACGAACAGGCGAGCGAUGAUGUGAAAAGACGAUUGCUCACCCCUAGUCGCGUGGCGUUGCCGAAGAGUGGCGGAGGUAUCGGAUCCGCGUUUGGCGGCGAACCGGAAGUCACCGCCAUCGUCGCCGGCGAUUUCCAUUCGUUUGCCAUUUGCGCCGACGAAGACGGCUCGAAAUCGGACGUCUACGGCUGGGGUUUGUCAAACUUCCACCAAGUCGGGUUGUGGGACCCCAAUCCUGACUUGCGCGGGGACGAACAGGUGACGUACUUUCCGAAACGAGUUGCCUCGUUGUGCGGAAAAUGCAUCGUCGCGGGCGACGCCGGCGCGCACCACUCGCUAUUCUUAACGGGCGACGGUAAAAUCAUCGCCAUCGGGCGAUAUACCGACGGUCGAUGCGGCGUUCGCGUUCCCAACGCCGCGCUCGACGGCGCGUUGGAAGAGCCUAGAGUCAUCGAGGAUUUGCCCGGUCGCGCGGUGAAGGUGGCGAGCGGCGACACGUGCGGCGGCGCCAUCAUGGAGGAUGGUUCCGCCUACGUCUGGGGAUCGCAGUACAUCGGACAGCUCGGACUUGGUCCGCGGGAAGAGGAUGCGUACACGCCAGAGAAGAUGCCGUACACGAAACCGAUGGCUGGCAAGGUGUUCGCCGAGCUUUCUUUCGGCGGUCAGCACGCCGCGGCGCUGUUGAUCGACGCCAAGGACGACAAACCCGCGAGCAAGCGAGCUCGAGGGGCGUAG